AUGGCUUUUACUGAAAAUGUCCUUGGAGGGCACGCCCCUUCACCCACAGCAGUAGCUGCCGAUGAACACGGGACCCCGGAGCUGCGCCCCGGCGUGCCCCUCCAGUGCCCGAACUCCAUGCAGAAGGACGAUGUGGAGUCCUGGGGCCUCCCUCGCAUCCCCCUGAGACCUCCCUUCAAUGUACUGACCGAUCUGGCAAGAGAGCAACUGGAGUGUCUCUCAGAGAGAACAGGAUCCUGCAUUCCUGUCGACGGUUCGAGAGCUCUCAAACCCCCCUAUGAGCCACCACCUGCUGUUGCGGAAGAGACCCUAGCAACAGCAGAAGUAAAUAGCUCUGAGGGGCUGGCAGGCCAGAGGCAGAGGGGACAGGAUUCUAUUCAUGUGUCCCGGGAAUUCUCUGGUGGCCCUCCCGCACUGAUGGUGGGGGGCACGAGGGUCAGCCAUGGGGGCACUGAGAGAGGUGGCAGUAACACAAGGUUAUAUGUGGCUUUGCCAAGGGGUCAAGGAUUCUUUCCAGCCAGGGGCUCUCAAGUAAGAGGCCCGCCACCCAUUCCCACCCUUAGAUCAGGGAUAAUGAUGGAGGUGCCUCCAGGAAGUACGAGAGUGACCUGCAAGGAAAGGUUGGCUCAGGUUUCUUUCCUACUGGGAGGCCCGCGGCACCCCGUGGAGAACUGGCCAAGGCCUGUGCCCUUGUCGUCCAGCCCUCCAGGUUUACCUUCUUGCGCUCCUGCUCAUUGCUUCAUCCCUCCUCGACCUCCAAGUUUCAAUCCAUUUCUCGCUGUGCCUAUGGCUUUUGCUCCUCCCCCGGUAUUUGCUCCUCCACUGCCUUCCUAUUUUGCCAAUUUCCCUUCCUGGGGAAUGCUGGCUCCUGCAUCCUCAAACAGAGAGAACAACUGA